AUGGAAAUGCUACGCACGCACCAACUUCACGAAAUUUCGCUCUUCAAAAUCUAUGAUCAGCGCUGGUCAUCUAAACAACCGACAGGAUAUAGUUACGGAUGGAUUGGAACACGUUGCCACACUACUAUAAACUACCGAUUGGAACAGGGAAAAGCGAGGUUUUACGAUGGACUCAGUCGUACUGACGGAUGCAACAAAACGACGGGCAAGUGCAACACUCCAACUGAAACCAUUUUAUGGGAUCCAGUUAGCUUGAAACGUCAAUGUCCCUAUCAGUCGUUGGGCAUGAAGAUCGCGCACUUGUCAGAACGAUUCGUUACAAUUCCCGAGAUGCAAACAGUAUUCGUUAGGAAACGCAUUCCACAAAACCGGUCAACUAUCAUGAUGAACUGUCAAUUCAGAGAGGUGGAAACAAUGGAGAAUGGAAUUAUUCUCGAUCACAGUCCCUCAACGAAUGACCAAGCAAAGGAAGCAGAUCGAAUUACAACGGGCCGAACUCUAUUCGUUGAGAGAUUACCCAACGAAAUCAUCAGAAGAGGUACAGCGAUCAAUGCUAACUUACAAUAUCUGUGGAACACUCUAGUGAACCAGGAACGACAAGUGAUACAAGAAGUUCGUCAUCGAGUCUGUGAGGACCAAAAUCGACUUCUACGCCUCGUCAAAGCGAUCAGUCAAACGGAUCCAACGACCGCAGCUAGAAUCCUUUUCAAACGUAACGAUAUCGCCGCGGAGAACGUGGGAAGUUUCCUCAAGGUGUUUCCAUGUUGA